AUGUGCCUGUCUGCGCCCACGCCUUCAUCGUCCACUCCUUUCAUUCUCUCCGCUGGCUUCCCUGCCGACUCCGCUGUUUCUCGCACCGUGAAUAACGACUCGACGGUUGCUGUGUCUCGCGGAGCCUCCGAACUGGCUGUUUCCUCGGUGGUGUCAUACACCCAGCCGUUGGUGCCCUCCGUCAACAAAGUGAUCUGGCUAGGGGUCCAUGACUAA